UUAUCUUAGUGCGAUUUGGGACACGUGACAUGGGUAGCGUAUGCUGCAUCGGCCGAAGCUGGCCAAGUGGGAGGUGAAAGCGCAAACUUUAAUAGCGUGUUCGAUGAUGUCGUACUGCGCAACUACUUCUCUCUCCUGGAUGCUGGUAUCCCCUGUGUUUGGGGGUUCACGACGCACUCGCAACGGAGCUUAACCUCUGCGCGGGCAAACACGCCCUCUAGCCGACACAAGCCACAAAGCACGUCGAGCAAUAACAACGAUGAAGGGAUAGUUGGCGGUCAUCCAACGGAUCAAUCAAAGGCUGAGAGUGUUAGAGAAUCUGGCCAGGGCGUGGAGCCGAAUACGGAAGGCGCAAGUGACAGACACAAAGGGUCUGAGCAUCAGCGGGCUGUGAAGGUGCUGUGGGUGUUUAAAAUCAGGGGAACGGGCGCGGAAGACCCCGAGACUCUAUGUGAUAACACCAGCGAUCUGUGCAGGAAAGGUUCGGGACGGGUCUCAGCGAGCACACUACGCCGACUGGAGUUGUUGUUCCGGGCACUACACAAUCUGCACGAGCGUGUCUUGUUCCGCCAGGGCUUUAUGCGACUCGGUAAAUGGUUCUUGUUUAGAGACCACGGAGGGGUGCCACUCACGGGUAACAAUGCCGUGUCCCUCACCUUUUGUCUGUACGGCUCGACCGUGUGCAUGUACGUGAAGGUGGAGCGGAGACUUCUUCGGCCGAUAGGUAAUACAGACCUGGACCAGGCGUUGCAGGCGAGUACACGCGAUGCUCCAUGCGAGUUACCGUCAGUGCUAUUGUGUCCAUAUGCAUUGCCGGCGAAAUUGAUGCACAGCCCUCCAGUGUCAACGAGUGAGCGCGAGAUGCUUGCUAAGGCGUGGAGUGUGUUCUUCCCGUCACUAUUUGAUGUGGACACAGGAGGCAUGCUUGAUUGUGAGAAGAUGCCUUCCUUUGUCACUGUUACUAUGGAAGAUAGUACAAUGGGCAUGCUGUAUCCGACUGUGUGCGUGUACAGAGCGAUACAUAUGCGGUCCUCGACUGAAGACAAAAAGCUGCUUGCAAAUGUCCUUAUAGGCGCCACCUGGCGUGAACGGCUGGUGGACACUAUGCGACUCACGGACAAUAGCGCAGCACUAUUGUCUGUUCCCAAUGGAACGGUCAACACGGUUGCCACAGAUAGUAUGAACGAUGAAAGGCAAGUGUCUAUCAAUUCGGCGGGAGAGGGGUACGAUGGGUGUGAGCUGUGGUCAGUUGAAGCGAGGAACAGCAUUGCAGAUGGUGCCAUGACGAAGCCUUCCGCAACGCGUGUGCCCAUGACCACCAUCUCCUCGCUCGCCACGGCGGCAUGCACUGAGCAGGAAGCAGCAACAGGUGAGCAUUCUGAUACGGGCCUAGUUGCCACCAAAGUCGAUACGGAGGAGUGGGAUGAUGUGACUAUCCUGUCGUCGGUCAACACGGACACGUCUCGGGCAAGUAGUGCAGGCGGCGGCGCGAGUGCCAAAAAACGAGUGUUGGAUGCUGAUGAGCUUGUAGAGGAGGUAUUGGGCAGCAGCGCAGACCUGCCCCAAGCCAAGAAAGUGAAGAUGGAAGGUAAAAAUUCAAGCCUAGCCACAAGCACCGGUGUCAAAGGCGGUGUUUCCGUGGACUCUAAAUCCGGAAUCGUGUCCACGCAGCCAUAUGCAUCGCAAUCACUGCUUCACGCGAAUACAGGUAGCCUCGUUAAUGUGGCGAGUCCGUUAGGUGCAAUCCGCAUGCCAGGUGUAGGGAGAGGGGCUCAGGUCAAAAUAGAUCCUGUAUUUGCCCCUCCAGUAGCCAUCAAAGGGGAAGCGGAAGAAGAGAUCGUUCUUGAUUCAGGUAGUAGGACUACAAGCACAGGAACCCUCGCGGUGGGGACCGCUACGAACACUGCGGCAAAGACGUCCGCGGCUGCUAAGGCCGGUGGACCCCGCAAAAAGGGCCAGCUGUCGAAGAAAAGCAGUCUGGCGCGAAAGAGUUCGACAGGCAGUGUUAUGGAUCUCAGUGAGGUGACGGAGGACGACUUCGAUUUCUUCACCGAGCCCACGCCCAAGGUACGGAAGAGCACAGGCCCAGGAACUAAAGCGGACGCGCCAGGGGAGAAGGGAGCGGGAAGCACUAAGACCACCGCGGCGGCUAAAGGUAGCGGGCCAGCGGGGAGUGAAGCUAAAGUCACGACUAAAAGAACUAAGAGUUUGAAAAAGUUGCCAUCGACUUCAAGCAACCCCGAUGUCGCUCCUAGCACUAGUGUUGCAACUACAGCGACCGCCGAUCGUAUCUUUCCUUUUUUUAGUAAGCUGCUGGACCGUGGGAAAUCGGGUGUUAUUGGGAAUCCAACCCGGAAUGUGGCGUAUCGAGCGCCUCCUUUGUUGAGCACCGGAAAGGCAGCGUUGGCAACUGUACCUGUGAAGAAAAGUUCGGAAAAAGAGGGCAUCAACCUCACGGUGCAGAUGAAUAAGAGCGUUACGAGUAUGUUGAUCAAGCACAGCUCGAGGCUCAGGAAUAGGAAUAAGAAAUACUAUUCGGGCCAGGGCGUGGCUUGUACCGGUGUAGUGAGUAAAUAUGCUUGUUCAGGUGCGAUUGAUCCUCCGAGUACUAUCAAUCUAGCGUAUGGAGUUGUGCAGGGGUUGACACCUGUAGUACAAAGUCAGCUGAGGCACCGCCCUCGUUACAUUAAGGAGCCGUUGCCAAAGUUAAGCACAUUUACAACACGAGGAUACUGUCCGCUGAAGAUGAAGUGCACUGUGCCCGCUAUCCUACGACAAGACCCGCGACGGGAGAGUAUAGCGUGGCUAAAGAGUACUAAACCCCGCCCAUAUACAUUUAAAGAUGGCCUUAAGAGACACGCAUCAAGCUCAAGCUCGUCUAGCGAAUCGUCUAGCGACAGCGAGGGGGACCUCACUUCUACGAAAGGGGGGCCACUGAGCCAGCCCAUAACUUUUAAACGGGACGCAAGCAAUAUUAGUAUCACAAACACAUCGGGAACGACCAGGGCGGCUAGCGUGGCAACAUCUCCGGCCAAAAACGGGGGCAAGACGGCAACAGAAGACGUUGGCGGUAGUUGUGACGCGCAGUUGGUGACCGUGGAUAGUGUAUUGGCGAAUCUGCUGAUAUCUGCGACAUCGCUGAACAAUUGCGGCGUGGAGUGUUCAUCAGCUGGCUUCGGGGGUCCAUCGCCUCUGUUCGAUUUAGAGGCUGACGACGCUGCAGCGGAGGGUAGCGACGGGGCACAUAGUGGCGGGGUAGAACGCAAAGGGUCUAUACUCACAUACAAGCGCACUCGCAUACCUGAGGUCGAGUCUAAAUUUAUCAAGGCACUGCUCUCUGUGGAUUUGGAUAUCAAUCCCAAUCAUGAAAAUGAGUGUGCGUACGACACUAAACACAGCAACACUCUAACAAGCAUUGAUAGUAGCAGUCGGUCAACCCCCGUCACGCCUCAGCGUAGGACCGACCCAGCACACGGUAGCAGCAAACACGACUCAGCGCGGAAGCGUUCGCGUAUAUCUAGAACCCCCACGAAAAGUGUGCUCGCAACAGAACCCUCAUUUCUCGAGAAUGUGCUACAAAGCGGCGAAGCCUGCGCGCCUGACUGUGAGAAGCAUGCGAGUGAGUGCGCCGCGUGUAUGGUGUGCAUGCGGUUGCAGGGCUUGGAGGUCAUAGCCCUGGAGGCCUUCUACAACUGGGGCGAAGUGGAGACCGAUGCCAUUGCGUUCCACUUGGCAGACCGGUACACGGAACUGCCCAUUGAAAGCUUUGCUCGCAUGUACCCCAACCAGUACACCACGCCCAGCGCCUGCUCAGAAGCCAACAUGGACAACCCUCCCGACAGCGGGUUCAGCGACAGUCCCAGUGACGAUGUCGUAGUUGUUGACAGCAGGCUAGGUGCAUCGGACAGGCGGCGAAGCAGCAGCUCAACCCCGCCCGACGAGAAUAUGCAUCAGAAUUGCUUUUGGCAGAAACUCUGGCGGCGUUCUCUAGCUGCCACUACUGGGUGCCUACCCAGUGUGCUGUUCCAACUACAUUCCGCUCCGAAGAGCGUGACCGUGGCACCCAUACCCGAAAGCCAUUCAAACGGAUUGGCCACAAACACUGCGGCUCAUUUGCUGCCGAUCUCAGCGGGUGUAAAUCUGACUAAGAAUAUCUCACGCGUGCUAUCUGAUACACAAAUCAAUGGUGUCGAUCCCAAGACUGUUACCGUUAGUAAUGGUACUGAUAUCGCGGCUGCAACGACACAGACACAAUCAUCGUCACAAACCGAGGGCGCGCUGACGUCUUUAUCGUGGACUAAAGAAUAUACAAGCUUUGACGCCAUACAGUGCAGUGCUAGCAAUGCCGCUGUAAGUAGUGCGCUGUGCACUCGGAAUAAGGCGCGUCUGUCGGGAGCCUUGAGCUUGCUCCCAGGGGUGGUUUCUGAGAUAAUCAUGUCUAUCAGAGCGUCUCUGCAAUUGACCGUCAGCGCUGGUGGCGAGUCCUUCGAACCCAGCAAUAGGACAGGGUCGCUCAUGGCAACAUCUAGUGGGACAAUGCAGGAAGAUGAUAUCACCAGCUCUGCAGUCUCGCGCAGGGGAGGUGACGCGGGUGGUACUGCCAACUCCGCGGAGCUUGGAGAAUCGAAUGUUGUUUCGCCUGCGCAGAAUUCAGACACUUCCACACGAAUGAGCAUACCUUUCACGGUCAGCGGACCAAUGUCCAUACGAGGUCUGAGUGCCUUGGAGGCUCCCGCAGAAAAUACUACCAGCAUAGCCGUGGCACCGCGUCUCACCCGUGUGUGGCGAGACGAUGUGAUGCCCCCUAGUGCACAUAACGCCCACACAUACUCAGAUCCCCACAAGAACAGCACCAAUGAGGAUUCGUCACCAAGCGAGUAUACGCGAACAUUGCGAGUGCCCGAUGUGGUGUGUAGGUUGGACGAUGACGUUAUAUCCACCUCACCGAUGGCGCUGCAGCACUGGGACAGGCUGUCGUUGGAGCCACUCAACUCACAGAAAACUAUACGGUACAUCGCGCUGUGUCCUGACAACCCAUACCUCAUGACUCGGUGUAGCGCGUUUUUGCAGAAUGUUUCGGCCUCGUUUCGUAUGUUACGGCUAGGCUCGCACGUUCCGUUUGCGGUCAAUCAGCAAGAGGUAUCGACUUUAUUUGAUAACUGUAUAUAUAAGGUGGGGAUGGCGAGCGGUCCGGAUACCAAGGAGGAUCCAUUGGCACCAGCGAGUGUGAGAGCUAGUGAUGGAAUGUGCGCCUAUUUCAACGCCUGCACUUUUCUGGCGGCCAUGUUGAGCGUAUUGGUAGUUCCCAAGUCCUACGAUGAUCCCUGUCAAUUCUAUGACAACAAAUCGCAUUAUGUUGUCUACUUCGUCAACACGUUCGCGCAAGACACUGCGUGUGCGGAUAUCAGCGCAUGUUUCACACAUCUACUGGGACACUUGCCUAGAACGGCUCGCCACUUGGUGACGAUGCAGGUUAUUCAAGUUGAAGAUUUGGUGACGCCGGGAUCGGGUGGUUACGCUGGACUGAGUAACGCUAUCGGCCUCUCGAAACGUCAUGCCUUAAACGUAUAUAAUAAGUGCAGGUCGAUGAUGUACGCGCGGAAACCCAUAUUCGACAAUGACAACAACCCUAUGAUAAUUGACCCGUACUACCUCUACACACCCGCGUAUAGGUUAGACGACACCCCUCAAAGGGUCAAAUUUAGUGCUGACAAUGAGAUGCUAGCUGCUGAGGAGAUCGUGUCUCGAAUGUUGCAUUGUGCGUAUGCUGUGAGUGGGCCGUGGCUAGUAAGUGUCUGGACCGAUUCGGUAGGGGAACUGUUGGAGAUGAAGACAUUCUACCUCGGAUCAGAUGCGCAUGCGAACACGCACUCGGCCACAAGUGCCAACACCAACACCAACACAGAUACAAGCGCAAACUCGGGAGUUAAUUCAGACUCAGGGGCGGGCAACCCCAGCGGAGACAUUCCCAGUAGUGAUGAGGCAAAGGGGCAAACGAUAGCCAUGCUACUAGCACACUAUGCGAUAGGACUCGUGCGCAGGACCUCGAUGCCUUGGAGGAUAAUCAUUGGCAAACUGGGAUUGCUCUCAACCGGAGAGUCCGCAAUUUGGAAGGAUGUGUGCACAGCCGCGGGGCUGCGUGCCAUCAACCAGUCCAUGAUGGAUGGCUGCAACGUUUGCUCAGUCACUGGUUUGGCCCUGCAGAGGCCUACCAUAGUGUCGUGCUCUGUUGUUUCUCUCAGUCCAGAAGCGAAUCUGCAGAUUUUUGGUGCAGCUCAUUCUCAAGGUGAUCCUAGCGGUGCUGCGGACUUAAGCACCGGCACUGACGAACUACGGGAGAAGAAGGGAUUCCCUAAAAUGCCUCACAAAAAACGAAGGCCCACUACGCCGACCGGUGCCACAGGUCCGGCCCACGGCAGCGAGGGCGCUGAUCGACCGUCCACCACCUAUCUCUCACGCACACACACGCUCUCGUUCGACCGGCCCAUACUCUCCAAUGAGCUGGCGGGGGACUUUGCUCAGCCUCUAUCGACAUCGUUCCUGUGCACCGUAUUUGCGAAUGCGGGCGGCAGUGCUCGUGCGAAGGGUUUGGCGGCCUCGCCUGCCUUUGCAGCGUAUGAUGUGAACACUGAGUUGCCCUUUUCGCUCAAGCUGGGCUUGGUUGUACACGGAUCAAUUCUCUCGCAUGGUCGCUCCUCGGAUCCAACCUAUCGGAUGCUGAAAGAAGUCUUGAGUGAAGAGACAGAAGCCAUGGAUGCGGAUCUCAAUCACCCAAUAUUAAAAGAUGGCAAGUCUACGACUAUCGCCUUGAUGGACUGCAUAGGGAACCAGUACCACAAUCUAUCAUGGCUCACGGCUACACCAUUCUCCCCUGAGAGGACCUGCUUGCUGCCUCAACACUUCGCUGUGCUCACUCGUCUAAUCGGACUGGUGUGCUCUGAUAGUAUCUCCUGUGCUGAGGUAGACUCGGCACGCGCCACGUGACUCGACCCUUGGGCCUUCCCGGUCGUUAGCAAUAAUAAUUAUAACUUUAAGAUGCCGCUCAGGCCUGAAGGAUUCGGUCACGCAUUAGCAUAAACCCUGGAAUGAUAGGCCCGAUAUAUCCAUUUCUUAAGAGAUACCAAUGUUUUAGAGCAUACCUUCUGUCUCUGUCGAAAGUCUUGGCCAACACAUACUGCACUGGCUGGCCAAUAAGUACACGUGUAUUUGGCGCGCCGAAAGGUACAGUAUGCGGGUGUUGGCUCCUGUACACGCAUUUCGUCCUGCUUUAACGACUAGCGUCCAAUGCACAGCUUUACGCUAAAGUUGUGCAAAGCUUUUGGGAGGUUCAACAUCAUUAAAACUCUAGAUAGAAGUAUAGAAGUAGGAAUACUCAUCGCGCACAGUUAUAACAUACACGUAGCCAAUUAAACUGAUGACGUCUCUUGGUGAACCACAGAGUUUUCUUUCCAGGGUCUGUCGGCAAUGGGUCGAUUUUAAUAAAGAUUGGCUCAGCAUCGAAGUUUCGCAUAUACAUACUACAAUUGAUCCGACCGAUCGUACCUAUGAUCGAACAACGGUCCCAAA